GGGUGGCCGCACUAAAGCGGAAGGCUUUUCCACUGGUUGGAUGAAGGAACACUUCUUUAAUGUUUCAGACCCCGUGUUCAGCAUACCCUCGGCAUCGCAAAUAAUAUCUUCGGAUCAUAAUUGGCUGCCUGUUUUAAAUUCUGGGUGUCUGCGCGCUCUUGGGUUCAGCGGUAUGCUUUGAAGAGCACGCUGAUCACAGAUCAGAUUACACGCUUUGAUCGCGGCCACCCCCAUCCUUUGAUCUACCACAGAUUUUGUCCUCGAUUUGGGAGCUAGUUCGUCUGGAGUUGCGCAGGCGAGUACAUGAAGAGGGGGCAGAUAAUGUUUCUGAAUCAACUGCAGAACUUAGAGCAGAAAGACACCGACUGAAUCCACCCGCAGUAAACAACCUUAAUCAUAGAGGACUAUAUCGUUUUCUGUAUUGUCUGAGUCAGCUGGGAGCAGGUCACCCGUCAUGGGUGUUAAACUCCGUCUGCUAAACAUGCUCCUGAUGGGGUUCUGUCUGGUCCUGUCAGCAGCUGAGGAUCCCAGGGAAUGCAGGGAGCAGGAGUAUCAGGAUCCGUCAGGGAGCUGUGUGUCCUGCAAGCAGUGUGGCGCUGGACAGGAACUAUCAAAGGAGUGUGGCUUUGGCUUUGGGGAGGAUGCCCGCUGUGUGGCCUGCAGACCGGGCCGCUUCAGAGAGGACGGGGGGAAAGUGCAGAAGUGCAAGCCCUGCCUCACCUGCACCCUCAUCAACCGCCUGCAGAGGGAAAACUGCUCUGCCACCAGGAACACUGUGUGUGGGGACUGCCUGCCAGGGUUUUAUCGAAAGACAAAAUUGAGUGGUUUCCAGGAUAUGGAGUGCGUGGCCUGUGGAGAUCCACCUCCUCCUUAUGAACCCCACUGCAGCAGCCGGGUGAACCUGGUGCCCCUGCAGUCUGGGGUGGGCAGCCCCAGAGAUGUGGCCCUGGCUGCAGUGAUCUGCAGUGCGCUGGGCUCAGUCCUGCUGGCCCUACUGCUCCUCUGUGCCAUCUACUGCAGGAGACAGCUGCUGGAGAGCAAGCCUGCACUGGUCCGCUCUCAGGAUGGGCCCUACGGAGGGGCGGAGCUGUCAUGCUUCGACCGACGGCGGACCCACGAGCCGCCACACCGAGCCUGCUGUCACUGCCCCCAGGACCCCAGCCAAGCCUGCGGCCCAGUGCUGAUCCCCGCUAUGUGCUGUGAUGAGACCUGCAGUCUGGGCCAGAGUCGGGACACCAGCCCAUUCCAGUCCCAGGGAGGCCUCGUGGAGGGACCAUCAGACCCCUGUGUCCCGGGGUGCCUGGGGUCGCUGACAGGUUACCCUGGCAACGUGGCCGAGAUGUGGCCAUUCAGGCGAGACUUGCGAACCCCCGAGAGCUGGGACCCGUUACCGAGCAACUGCGGGCCGCCCCACCGGGACCAGGACCCCGGCCCGACCCACAGGGACCAGGACUCCGGCCCGACCCACAGGGACCAGGACCCCGGCCCGACCCACCGGGACCAGGACCCCGGCCCGCCCCACAGGGACCAGGACCCCGGCCCGACCCACAGGGACCAGGACCCCGGUCCAACCCCCCUGGAGUGCCCCUCAGCGUCUUCCUGA